GCUCGAGCUCUUCUUUCACUCUUCUUGAGGAAGCGCGCGGAACUCCAAACACUCUUCUAUGUACCGAAGACACCGGUCACGCGAGAGACCUCGUUUAACUUCCUAAUAUCGAGAGCUGAUCAGCUUUGAAUCUUUGAUUUCUCCUUCGAUGGCACCCAGGAUGAGUGCGUGGACUCUCGGGCUCGUGAGGAGACUGUAGCAGAUCUGGUCAUGGCGUUUCCUCAAGGAUACUUGUACCAGUCGUCUCUGUCUCUGUACUCGUGUCCUCCGUGCGGCUCCAGCGCGAUCACGGGACCGCGGACGGAUGAUCUGGGACGGUCCUCCAGCGGAUCUGCUUUCGCCCCGUACGCGUCCACAGCCUUCAACUCACUCCAGUACAGCCCCGAAUCCACAGCCCCCUUCACUACCUAUGGGGGCUCCCCAUAUGACCCUUCUCCAGGCAUGACUGGCUCUAUGGGCUAUCACCCGUACGCCGGCCCCCUGGGCCCGUACCCGUUUGGAGACCCCGCUUACCGGAAGAACACCACACGAGAUGCCACCGCCACCCUGAAGGCCUGGCUCAGCGAACACCGGAAAAACCCUUACCCCACGAAAGGAGAGAAAAUCAUGCUGGCCAUCAUCACCAAGAUGAGCCUCACUCAGGUGUCCACCUGGUUUGCCAACGCCCGCAGAAGACUGAAAAAAGAGAAUAAGAUGACUUGGACGCCACGGAACCGGAGCGAGGAUGAAGAUGACGAGGAUAGUAUUGAUUUAGAGAAAAACGAUGAUGACGAUGAGCCGCUCAAAACAGCCGAAACAACACAGACCACCAAAGAUUCAGUUGUGAAUGACUGCACAGAAAACCGCGCGGAAGAUCUGGACGACGCGACGGAUAGUGUCAUCCUCGACUGUGGAGAAGAAGAGAACCGGACAGUAUCUGUGUCUCCGGUGCCCACGUCCUCCUCUCCCCAAAACGAGCUGAGCGAAGCCAAGAGGCCCCUCAGUGAAAACUGCAGACCCACGUCUGUCAUUCAUUCCGCAAACCCGACCCCCAAACCCAAACUCUGGUCUCUGGCCGAAAUCGCUACGUCGGAUAAGGGGAGUGACGAAGCGUCACAGACAUCAGGGGCGUUAUCGCCCGCCGGGUCACCAGCGCAGUGCCCCUUCCCCCCCAGACACUUAUACUACACAUCUCCUUUCUACACGGGCUUCACGAACUAUCGCGCUCUCGGACCCCUGAGCGGCGCCGGUUCAAACUCAGCGCAUCUGAGCGGAAUUAACCAGACUGUGUUACACAGAGCGAGAGACGGCAGACUGACUCUGGAGAUGUGCAGAGAACUCACCUGCGAGCACGAGAGGGCGAAUGUUUAGUGUUUGUAUUUAUUAUUUCCCUAUUUAAACGCAUUUUUCAGUAUGACGAAUGGCAAAUGAAAAGCUCCGAUAAAGAGUUAAGUCUGAACUUUACAGGAAGCACAAAACUUUUUAUAGAUUUUUAAAAAGGAAAUUGUAUGGAGACAUUCUUUUCUUUACGUAUCUGUCAUUUAUUGUGAGAUAUUUGUGCCAGAGGCCAAAGUACUAAUUUAAAACAUGUUUGUAAUACCAGCUGGUUAAAUUAUUAAAAAAAUAUUUUUGGAUUUUCAAGCAAAUUUGGCAAUGUAUAUUCUAGAAUCAAUGGUUUUGUUCGUGGCUAGUAAAUUAUGCACAUGCUCUCUUUAAACUUAAAAUACAUAAAUCACACCCAUUUUAUUAGGAAAUGAUGAAAUAAUUAUGUGAGAGUUGCUUUUAUAUGCUUGCAAAAGAGAAACUAUGUUAAGCAUCAGGUCCAGUAUCAUGAAAUUCUCUCCCUGGUCUGAAGACAUCAGUCAAGAAAAUUUUAUUGCACCCAAGAUAUUCUUUAUAUAUAUAUUUUUUUGACCCAUUAUGGAUUAUUCUAUCAUCUGUUCUUUGCAGAAUGGCGUGCAGUGCCUUGUGCUACACCUACAUGGACUCAAAGAAAACACUCAAUAACUGUAACACUCGCCUCCUGGGCAUAAUACGGUGGAUAAAUUGUAAAUUUAAAUAGCACAAGUCAACAUUUAUUGCAGGGGGAUUAUGGGACAGUACUCUUAAGUGGAGGAGAUAUUAAAUUUAUGGUCCAUAAAGCAUCUUCUC